GUCAUUACUUUUACUGUGUUAUUAACGCCCUGUUCCAAUUUAGGAUGCUUAGGGUUAUUUAUCAGUAUUUUUUCUAAUAAAUCGUUGAAGUCAAUACAUGUCUCCAAAUUUAGACCGAUGGUUAGAGCUUGCAAAAACCUGCAAGUACCUCCCUGAAAGCGACUUGAAGCAAUUAUGUAAUAUCGUCAGCAACAUACUGUUGGAGGAGUCCAACCUUCAGCCAAUUUUUACGCCGGUGACGGUGGUGGGCGACAUACACGGCCAAUAUUACGACCUGGAGGAGCUCUUCCGUCUCGGCGGCCAAGUUCCAGACACAAGCUAUGUGUUCCUUGGCGACUACGUCGACAGAGGUUACUACAGUCUGGAAACGCUGACCAGACUCCUGACAUUGAAGGCCAAAUACCCGGACAAGAUCGUGCUGCUCAGAGGCAACCACGAAUGUAAACGCAUCACCCAGGUCUACGGUUUCUACGACGAGUGCCUGAGUAAGUACUGCAACGUAAACGCCUGGAAGUACUGCUGCGAAGUGUUCGACCUGUUACCACUUGCGGCGAUAAUAGACGAGAACAUAUUAUGCGUCCACGGCGGUCUGAGUCCCAACAUCAACACGCUGGACCAGAUCCGCGUGCUCGAGAGGAACCAGGAAAUACCGCACAAAGGGCCGUUAUGCGAUCUCGUUUGGUCGGACCCGGAGGAAGUGGAUCUUUGGGAUAGCAGUCCCAGGGGAGCCGGCCAUCUAUUCGGGUCCAAGGUGACGCACGACUUCUUGCACAUCAACAAGCUGUCUCUAAUAUGCCGAGCCCAUCAACUGGUCCACGAAGGCUACAAGUACUCGUUCGAUGGUAAACUGGUCACCGUUUGGUCCGCGCCCAAUUAUUGCUAUCGUUGCGGUAACAUCGCCAGCAUUUUCAAUUUCAAGACUGCGACCGACGUGGAGCCGAAGUUGUUUACUGCUGUGCCCGAUUCUGAGAGGGUCAUACCUUCAUUUAAUAUGUGUCCAUAUUUUUUAUAAAUUGAAUAAGUGAUCAAAUUUAGAUAAAGUCUUAUUUUUUCUGUA